AUGGCAACUUAUCAACCCUAUAACGAAUAUUCAUCAGUAACGGGAGGUGGUUUCGAGAACUCUGAAUCCCGCCCCGGUAGUGGAGAAUCUGAAACUAACACCAGAGUUAACACACUGACGCCUGUGACGAUUAAGCAAAUUUUAGAGUCCAAACAAGACAUUCAGGAUGGCCCCUUCGUUUCGCAUAACCAAGAACUUCAUCACGUGUGCUUUGUAGGUGUGGUGAGAAACAUUACAGAUCAUACCGCUAACAUCUUUUUAACUAUUGAAGACGGAACUGGCCAAAUAGAAGUGAGAAAGUGGAGCGAAGAUGCUAAUGAUUUGGCUGCAGGUAAUGACGAUUCUUCCGGUAAAGGCUAUGGUUCACAAGUUGCUCAGCAAUUUGAAAUUGGUGGUUACGUAAAGGUUUUUGGAGCUUUGAAGGAGUUUGGUGGGAAGAAAAAUAUACAGUACGCUGUGAUUAAACCGAUAGAUUCAUUCAAUGAAGUAUUAACGCACCACUUGGAAGUCAUUAAAUGUCAUUCUAUAGCCAGUGGAAUGAUGAAACAACCUUCUGAGACUGCAUCCAAUAACGAUGGACAGUCAUUAUUUGUUAAGGACGAUAAUGACACAUCUUCCGGGUCCAGCCCGUUACAGAGAAUCCUGGAAUUUUGUAAGAAGCAAUGUGUUGGUAAAGAUGCGAAUUCGUUUGCUGUACCAAUUCCAUUGAUUUCGCAAUCCUUGAAUUUGGAUGAAACUACUGUCAGAAAUUGCUGUACGACUUUGACUGAUCAAGGUUUCAUCUACCCAACUUUUGAUGAUAAUAACUUCUUUGCCUUAUAA